AUGUCAUUCAAGGGAUUGAAAAAGUCCAUUAUAAGGGCUCCUCAAAACUUCCGUGAAAAGUUGAACAUGGGAGGCGAUAUCACCCACGACGCCGUUUACGAAGAUGCCGAGCGGAGAUUCAAGGAGAUCGAGAUCGAGACAAAGAAGUUGAACGACGAGUCCAAGAAGUAUUUCAAAGCUAUCAGUGGAAUGUUGGAUAAUCAAAUUGAGUUCUCAAAAGCUAUUGAAGAGAUCUAUAAGCCAAUUAGUGGCAGAGUGUCUGAUCCGACUUCCAUUGUUCCAGAAGAUAACCCCGCUGGUAUCGAAGCAGCAGAGCAAUAUAGAGCAUUGGUGGCGGAAUUGAAAGAGGAGUUGAAACCAGACUUGGAAUUGAUUGAAAAAAGAGUGGUGAUUCCUGCUGAGGAGUUGCUCAAGGUUAUCAAUGGAGUCAGAAAAACGGCAACCAAAAGAGAACACAAGAGAUUGGAUCUUGAUAGACAUCAGAGAACCUACUCCAAGUUGCAAGAGAAGAAAGAAAGAACUCCCAAGGAUGAGGAGAAAAUGUACAAAGCUGAAGCGGAGGUUAGUGUGGCGCAACAAGAAUAUGAUUUUUAUAACGGAGAGUUGCUUGCGCAGCUCCCGGUGUUGUUCGAAUAUAACAAUACGGUAAUAAGCGACUUGGUAGUGUCCUUUUAUUACAUGCAACUAAGCAUCUAUUAUACGUUGUAUACGAGGGCAAGUGAGAUGAAAAUCCAAUACUUUGACAUGGAUUCUGAUAUAGUUGAAGCCUAUAAUUUGAAAAAGGGGGACAUUGAAGAAAAAACAGAUGCUAUUGGUAUCACUCAUUUUAAGGUUGGUUAUGCAAAGUCAAAGGUUGGUAGGCUUCAGGCAGCAAGAGCUCUGGCCCCUGGCUCCCCUACUCCACUGGCCCCACCUUAUCAAUCAACCUAUAAUCCGGACUACAAGGCUUCAGAUCCAAAUGGGUAUCCCCAAACUGGUUACCAGCAACCGCAGUAUGCAUCGCCUCAAGCUCCGCCUGCGUAUGUGAAUACGCCGCCUCCUACGGCUCCUGCUCAGGCUCCUGCUCAGGCUCCCCAGGUUUGUAUUGCUCUUUACGACUACACUGCUCAAGCACAAGGCGAUCUCUCUUUUCCAGCUGGUGCUACAAUUGAAAUUGUCAAUAAAGAUGAUCCGGGUUGGUGGAUGGGAAAGUACAACGGAGUUACCGGUUUGUUCCCAUCCAAUUAUAUAAAGAUGUAA